AUGACGACUUUGGGAGUCACAGAUGUCACCUGUGGAAGCAUGUUCAGCUGCAGCGACUACAAACAUCCAAAUACACCAAACCAAGAAAAUGACAUGGACGAAGUAGAUGAUAUUGGAUCAGAUUUCGAUAUAGAUAUUGCCAAAGAAGAAACCGUUUCGCACACAGAGAAUCUCAAAAGGAAAAUGAUUUGGAAUAAGACUGUUGUUGAUAAGUUGGAGGAAGAUAUAUCUGCCAAAAAGGCAGGGCCCUUAAACACUUCUAACUGGUUAACGCAAAGAGUAUAUGGAAAAUAUGGAGGAGAAAACGCAACUCUAAACCUCUAUGACAUAUUGAAGGAUCUCAAACAGGCCACCUAA